AUGGUGUUGGCGAGUGAUACUUAUCCAUCAAGAAUGCAUCGCGAACGAACAAUCGAUUCGAAAUGUUCACGAUCAUUUUUCUAUUUCUAUUUACAUUAUUUUAAUUCGAGUUUAAUUAAAAUUGAUUUAAAUUUGAAAUCAUUCGAUUUAUGUAUUGAAAAUCAUUUUAUCUAUGCUCUGCUGGAUGUAUUUAGUCAUUUAUUACCAUUAAAUUUGAGACUAGCUGAACAUGAAGAACAACGAAUAAUAAUAGUUGAAUAUACUGAUGAUCGUCUAUCACAUUAUCUGUUUAUUUGUGAAACUCUAAUCAUUGCCGUUGUCGAUGUGACACUAAGUAUUCAUGCACAAAUGAAAAUGUGUAUUGGAUGUAACCAAUUGCCGAUGUUUAUCGAUAAAUUUUAA